AUGGAGGAAGACGGCCUUGUUGCCAACCAGCAGGACCAGAAUGUAGCGGCGGAGAAAAAUCAACAUGUAGAUGGGCCCGACACAUCCCGGCCACAGAUAGACUCAGGCUGCUACAGCAUAGACAACUCAAGCUGUCGUCCAGGACAGAAUGGGGGGUCCAUGGUUAAAGACAAGGUGGAGACCAGUGCAAGAGUCGAGCAGCAGGACAACAUAGCUGUGAAAGACAGUGAAGCUGUUGUUACUGAGCAGCCUUUGCCACCAAGGCCAUGUGAGAUUGAAGACAAUACCCCUUCAUUUCCUGUUACUGGGCCACCAAUAUCAGACAAUGGGGACACUACAGCCAAUGUUCAUGAGAAGGCUAGUCCCACGCAGAACAUCCAAAAUGAAAAGGAAGAAUUAGGGAUGCCUCAUCUAGACACUCAGCACAAUGCUUCUGGUGAAACCUUAAGGGUUUCUGGGGACAAAACUGUUUCGCUGAACAAAACAACCGAACAACCAAACUUGGACAAGUUGCACAGUCGGACUGUUGCUGUUCAGGAAAAGAUGAAGGAAAUCGAGACAAAAAUGUGUGAAACAAGGACUAUUUUGGCUCAUAGACGACAGGAUGUAGACCCAGCAACUCUACAGAAAAUAGUUCAUGCAACCUGCCAAGAGAUAUUGAAGGACAGGGAGAGUCUUUUGAGCUAUGCAGAAAUGACAGGAGGCUCCACAUGCCCUGAACCUGCCCCUAACAUCAGAAAGGGUUCCCCAGGCCUUAGAGACCCCAAGGCAGCACACACGAACCUGUCAGUAUCCACAACUUCAAGUGCAAGUGACAUUCCCAGCCCCAUGGAAGACCAACAUGUCAGUACUGCUGGGGAGGAACAAGCAGAGGAAAAUGCCAAGUGUCCCGGGAGUGUUCUGAAAGACGAUAAGCAGCCAGAGAUGUCAAAAGUUGAUGCAUCAGACAGCAUGUUCCUGGAGUCAAAAGAUACUCAAGGUCAUAGUGCAGAAAAUGUGCGAACAAACCUGGCCAAGGCAGAGCACACAAACCUGGAUUCCACAACCUCAAGUUCGAGCAACAUUCUUUGCCCUGCAGAAGACCCACAUCAAGUCAACACUGCUUUGGAGGAACACACAGAGAAGUGUCCAGAGAGUGUUCUGAAAGGUGAUGAGAAACCAAAGAUGUCAAAAGUUGAUACACCUGAAAGCAGCUGCAGGGUCAAAGAGUCAAAGAACACUCAAGAUCAUAGCACAUACAAGAAGGAAGCAAGCGACGUUACCAAGCAGGAAAAUGAUCUGGGCCAGAUGCAAGAGUGUUCUGACUCUCCAAGCCAGAGGGAAGAAUGUGCGCCUGUGGAUCCAUUACUGAAGGAACAGCUUGGGGGCUUGGCCUAUAAUUUGGGGCCAUCUGACAGUCGCAAGAAUGGGAACAAGCAACCAGGAGGUGAACGACAGAAAGAGAUACUUACCGGGGAUAAAGACAGAAACAAACAAGCAGGAGACAAGACACAGAAUGCCAAGAUGUCUCGAAAGAAGAAGAAGGCAGAGACCCAGCUAGCAGAUAAAAAGGAGAAUGGAGUGCUUCCCAGUCCGGCAAAGGAGGAAGGGAAUUUGAAGAGUCCUGAAGCAGAAACCAACUGUCUGGAGACAAAGGAACAGUCUGAAGAAUCAGUCAAGAAUGCAGUUGUGCCUAGCCCAGUAAAGAAAGAUCAAGAAAAGACCAAGAAUAAGGGUCAAGUGGCAUCCAAUAACCCAGGAAAGAAUGUUCAGUCAGAGAAGGUCCUAUCUAACACUCAGAAGAAGAGGGGACAAUCAGGCAAGCCAAAGAGUGAGGUCUUUUCUAAGAAUGCAUCUGAAGACAAAGACAAGACUGGGAUCCCGUCUAACAGUAACACCCAGGUGAAGAUGAAGAAGAAGAGGAGAGGGUCAGAAGAGCCAGCCGAGUGUGGGGUCCUGUCUCAGAACUCACCAAAGGAUGAUGAUCCAGAAGAUAAAGAGGGGACCAAUAGAGUCCCAUGCAUCACCCAGGAGAAGACAGAGCUGUCAGAAGAGCCAAAGAGUGACAUCUUGUCUAAGGACCCACUGAUCAUGAAGAAGGAUCCACCAGAAGACAAGGACAAUAUUUGCAUCCCUUCCAACUCUGGGGUGGAGAGAGGACAGACAGAAAAACUAGCAAAUCAUGAAGACUCAGAUGAUAUCACCACUGUCAAGAAAGUUUGGAGGCAGAAUAUUUUGCCAGAAGAAGGGGAUGCCGCAUCGAAAAAAGAAAAUUUUAACAAGGCAGAGAUACAUGCUGAGAAGAAGGGUCAGAUUGUGGGUGGCAGAAAACAAGAGAAAAAUGCACGAAGCAAAAGGGGAGAUGGCAAGUCAUCAAUAAAUCUCACAAUGGAUAGUUUGAUCAGUCCUCUGAAUGAUGUUGGCAAAAAGUAUGACUUGAUUGUUCAGACACCAGACAGUACCAUCUCUUCAUAUGACAGCAACCGGACACUGCUGGAAGACACAAAGACUUUGACAAUGGUCAUCACCAAGAACUGGAUGAACUUGAAGAAGUCAUCGCUUUGGUUUGGCUUCCUGAUGGCAAGGUCACAAAAAGAGGAACCUCCAGACAUGACAUCCUUCCUCAUGACUAAUGUCACUGGAAUAUCCAUGGACCAAGAUGCACUGAUCUACAAUGUGCAGCAUCAGUAUGAAGACUUGCUUGGAGAUGCUGAUGAAGACGACCAAGAUGGCUACAACCCGCCACCAGAAUGGCUGGCCCAGGAAUAUGACAAUAUUGCAGAUGAAGACUUGUACUUGGGAUCGGAGGACGCUAUUGCCUCCCCUGAAACUGCCGUUACAGGUCCACUGUUCUGUAGUGAAGCUCCAGACAAUGGACAGAUGGCAGUGGGAGGAGGUGACAGUAUCUGUCUUCUCAAUAACCAAGACUUAAGACAUAUCGGUGAUCACUCUUCACAGCACCUCCCUACAACGCAAGAAUUGCCAAAUGUACCUGUACUUGCAUAUGAACUUUCCUUGGAGGAGGAAAUACGACACUACAGACGUGUUGACAGAGGGAUGACUGUGACUGUGCUGGGCCUUGGGGAACAGGUUGUGUCUUCAACAAGAAUCCGUAACCCCACAACACUACAGGAGCACAUUUUGCAGCACACGGCUGACAAGGCAAGGAUAUCCCACAAUAGUUUAAGUCUUUAAAAAACAA